CACACACCAAACAACAUUAAAGGCGAAAUAAUUAUGAUACUAUUACUGAUGGUUGACCAGCUAAGAGGACUAAAAUCCGCAGCAUUUCUUCAGAGAUUGUACUAUUUAGCAUUUCGCAGGAAACGUUUUCUUCUUCUGUGAGAGAGUUAGACUGAUAGAGAGAGCAGCGAGUAAAGAAACAGAUCAAAAGAUGGCUAGCACUUCCGCUGGAGUUGAUUCUAUUGUUGAAGAACUUGGUAGAGUAGAGAUUUCAUCUGCCUUUCCUGAUAUUCUUCUGCAAGAGUUGAGAUUCCUGAUGUUGUUUUUUGGCCGCGUUAGCCAGCAUGCGGAACCUGAUCAAAUCUUUGAUCUGAUGGCUGCAUUUAUUCAGUUUGAAGUUAAGCUGAAAGAAGUCAGUGUUUUUCAUUCUUCCCAUAAAGUUGGGGUUCAAGAUUUGCUCUCUCUGGCACCUCGUUUGCUGUACAAAUUUGAGCCAUUAGAGGCAGAGAUUCGAAACGUGUGUGUUGUUUCAUUGGAUUUAUUCAAAUCCAUGUCCUGCUCCACUGAUGAGAUCCUGGAAUUCGUCGACUGCCUAGUCGAGAAUUUCCAGGUUCUUGUCGGCUUGAAAGCUGUUGAUAUUCCGGUUCCUGUGAAGAAUCAAAACAUGGCUCUUAGAGAAGUGUUCUGUUUCUUAAGAAUCCUUCUGAAUCUCUCUGCGAAAAGACGCCUUCACUGUCAGAUAAUGGAAGAAUUCUUGAACUACGUGAAGGAUUUGGUACAGGAUGCUGCAUUGUUGUCCCUUAGAUCCAUACUGAAAGUGGAUGAAACGGGGCCCCAGAGAUUGGAAAUUGUUCUUUCUAAUCUUCAGCAAAAGCUGAAAAAGCCCGCUUCAAAUGCUACUGCAGGAAGGAGGUUCAUAGGACUCCUGGAAGUAUCAAGACCUAACAAGUUCGAAGUCGGUCAAGUUCUUGUCAUCCUUGUUGAUUUUCUAGUACAAUGUUCAGUGGAUCGUUUCAAGGAUCAAGUUGAGAUACUUAAAGAUGGGUUGAUAUUCAUCAUAACUUUCUGCAUGGAUCCAGCAGAGGAAGUUGUAACAAAUGCUAGAGAAGAUGAUCUUUUCACAAGAGAUGAUGCCAUCAAUUAGUUACUAUCUCUCGUUCUCUCACUUUGCAUGGAUGAAUCAAAAGUUGACAUGUUUAGUCUCCAUGAAAAGAUUGACAAAGUAAGAGAGGAUAUCAGGGAACUUUAUGUUCCGAUUUUGAGUCCAUUAGACUUCAAAUUUCCAACGACGAAUGUCAUGGGAUUUAUUAACUUCUUGUUGGAGAAUUUGAAGGAAAUGAUGAAAUGCAAUCACAACAGAAUUUCUUUCACAAAGCAUGAAGUUAUGAUAGUCUAUGAGGAGGUUUCUUCCCUUAAACCGCACCUCGAAAUUAUCAUGGAGUUACAAAAGGAGAGAAGAGAUCUGAAAGAACUUUGUAAACAAAUUAUCAAUAUGAUGUUGCUAACAGAUCAUGUCAUUAGCUCCUGUUUAACAUUAGAUAAUCCUAUUUGGUACGACAUGUUACGUCUUUCAGAUGUUUUACAGGCAGUUAGGCUCCUUCAAAAUGAGGUGAAAAAGUACAACAUUCAGCUGCCGAAUACGGAAAUGUCAAGAAAUGGGACAGAUUCUAGUUUCAUCCCCACAAGCCAAGCAAAUCUUUCAAACCAUCAAGAUGUUGUGGUGGGUAGGGAAGACGAGUCGGAGAUGAAAAUUGAGAAACUCACAAGAGGAACGAAACAGCUUCAAAUCGUAUCCAUUGUAGGUAUGCCCGGCCUCGGUAAGUCAGCUCUGGUACAAAAACUCUACAAUGAUCCGUCUAUCCGAAGUUACUUCCAUAAACGGGCAUGGUUUUGUGUUUCGCAAAAGUGCAAUCAUUGGCAGCUGUACUUUGAAAUUCUUACUCAAAUUAGUAGUGAGGAUUUGCAAUCUGACUCCAACAAUAGUGGUUAUGAUUUGGCUGAAAAAAUCCGGAAAAACUUGAAGGGACGAAGGUAUCUCAUUGUUUUAGAUGACAUUUGGGACAUUGGAGCAUGGAAGAGCAUAAAAUUUACAUUCCCGAAUGAUAACAAUGGAAGCCGUAUCAUAUUCACCAGUCGAAUCACUAACUUGUGGUCGCAACCAAAUCCGAUGAAUUGCAUCAUUCAUCCUCUUCAGCCACUUUCUGAUGAGCAGAGUUGGGAGUUAUUGAAAAUGAAACUAUCCCACCAACAAAUUUCUCUUCUGGAUGAUGAAUUAUCAAAAAUUGGUGAAAUGAUUGCUAAGAACACCGAAGGGUUGCCUCUGGCGGUGGUUUUGAUCGCAGGUACAUUGGAAGGCCAGGACAGAGAAUUCUGGAAACAGAUUGAAUUCCGCAGCAGUAUACAAGUUGUUAGUGAAAGGUGCAUGGAUGCGCUUGAACUAAGUUACAAGCAUUUACCAGACAAUUUGAAGCCCUGCUUCCUCUAUUUUGACGCAUUUCAAAGGGCUAAAGUUGUGAAAGCUCAAUACCUGAUGAGUUUGUGGAUCGCGGAAGGGCUCAUACCAAGAAACGAUGAAAAGAGCUCGUAUGAAUUGGCAGAGGCUUACUUGUAUGAUCUUAUAAAUCGAAAUCUAGUAACCCUUGCAAAGAGAAGUUCCAUUGGUGGGGUAAAAGAAUGCUGUGUCCAUGAUUUACUGCACGAGCUAUGCUCAGAGAAGGUUAGAGAAGAAAACUUCUUACAAUGUGUCAAUGGUAGGGAAAUUUCUCAUUCUUCCUUGAAUACCAUAAAGUAUGCGAACUAUCGUCUGUGCAUUCAUGAAUGGACCAAUUUUGUUGAUGCUAAACCUUCAGGUUCAUUUGUCCGCUCUUUAGGCUACUUUGGUUGGUGGAUUGAAUGGAACCAUUCUCUUACCUUUUUAAACAGAUUCAGACUUCUUAAUGUGUUGAAUUUGGAGUCUAUCAUUAUACACGGUCCUUUUCCUCCAGAAGUAACAUUGAUUGUUCAUUUGAGACACCUUGAAAUUGGUUGUGAGGCUACAGAACUUCCAGAAUCCAUUGUCAAUCUAUGGAAUUUGAGAACCUUGAGAUUGCCUGAAUCGAAAAUUGUUUUGCCAGAGUUCUUCUGGCAGAUGAAAAGCUUGAGUCAUCUACAUGUUGGUAAGCUGUAUUUAAAUGGUCUUGAGGAUCAUGAAUACGGCCAGUUAGAGCACUUGGAGAUUUUGUCGAAACCGAUUCUUGAUUUAGAAGAUGAAAUAACGGAAUUGCUGAGAAGGCUGCCAGGGAUUCGUAAACUCAAGUUUGAACUCCUUGACAUUGUUUCCUCUGAGUUUCCGGAGUUGAGUCUCCUGACUCAUCUCGAAUCUGUUUCCGUGUUUGGCAGCGAUGAGGUGCGUUAUGGCAAGAAAAGGUAUAGGUUUCCAGCCUUUGAUUUUCCAAGUAGUCUCAAGAAGUUGACACUAGAAGAGAUGGGGAUGGAAUGGAGUUUCAUAUCGAUAAUCGGGCAAUUACCGAAUCUGGAGGUUCUCAAAUUAAGGCAUAAGGCAUUUUCAGGAAGUAGAUGGGAUGUGGAAGAUGGCGAAUUCUUGACACUUAAGUACUUGGAACUCUCUUUUUUGGGACUCGAAGAAUGGACUGUCGAGGAUGAGCCAUUCCCAAAGCUUGAACAACUAAAAGUGACACACUGUUUCGCGCUCCGUGGGAUUCCGACCAGUUUGGGAGACAUUCCAACCUUGAAGAAGAUAGACAUGAGUUGGUGUCCGCUAGCCUUUCCAUCAGCCACGGAAAUUCUCGAGGAACAGCGAGAAAUGGGAAACGACGAACUUGAGGUUUAUAAUGAUUUUCCGUCUGAAAUCAGGUCGUUUGUUGAUGGUUGUAAAGCUGUUUGCGACGCAUGUGGAGCUUGUGCUGAUGGAUGUGGAGCUUUCUGUAAUGGAUGUGGAGCUUUUUGUGGUGCAUUGAAGCCACUUUGUGAUGCAUUGAGGCCCCUUUUUUGUAUUUGUGAUGCAUGUGGUCCUUUCGGCUUUUUAUUGUGUUGCGUUUGUUGUCUUGUAUGUCGCCCUUGUGUGACCAUUCUUGGAAAAUGCUUUUGUCUGGAGUAGUUUAAAUUUGAGUUCUUAAACUCGCUCUCUCUUGGUGUAGUCGGGGGCUUUUGUCUUGAAAUACUCUUUUGUACUACAAAAUAGUUGGGAAUUUUAAAUCAGCCAUCA